AUGGUUUGGUGGAUGCAUUUUCAGACGGCAAAGAGAAGGGAAGGUGUUCACUUUGGUUGGAUGGGCACCAAAGAUAUAGUUUACGAGACGAUUAACGUAAUAUUCGAGUGCAAUGGUAACUAUGAUGGAUAUGACAUUAACGCCCUCACAAAAGCUGGAGUAAAUAUCUUCAAUGUGGACAUGACACUAAACGAUACUGAUUAUUUCAACAGUAUCAAGGAUGCUAUACAAUUUGCACAAAAUGUACCAAAAAUACUUAUUAGUACUUAUCAUACUCCAGUCGGACUGUCCGUUACUAUUUCUGCCAAUAAUCCUAUUGAAGUCGAUGAUAGGGUUGACAUAAUAAUUUUAAAGGAUAUAAUGACGACGGACGAACUGCGUACUUUCAAGAAAAGAAAUGAUAAAUUUUCUUCCCUGCCAAUUUUGUUCUGGCCUCCAACGCUUAAAAUCGAGGACCUUAAUGAAUUAAUUAAGUUUACAGAUGGCAUUAUUUUGGAUCCCAGUCUGGGCAGUGUGUAUAGUGAUUUUCACGAAGUUCUGCGAAAAUGUAAAGAGAGUCGCAGACCAGUAUUUUUCAUGAAUCCCUGUGUAAUCGAUGAUUACUACGAAGAUACUGCUAAUGAUCGGCAAUUGCUACUUCUAGCUAAUGACGUGAUUAAAUACCGAUUUGAUGGAGUUUUCUUCAAAGAUCGAUUUGAAAAAAUACCUAUAGAGUUCAUGCAAGCAUUUGUAAGAGGAACGGAUAUGAUUGCAACAGAAUUCGAUGAAAGUGCGGAGUUGGAUUAUUUUAAACUCACUAUGCCGAUACAAGCUCCAGUUUUGCAGCCCUAUACUGUAGCUUUAGCUGCUUCUCUGGCAGCAUUCUAUAGCGAAGCAAGUGCUAUAAUAGUGCUCACUACAACGGGUGCUUCGGCCAGAAUACUGUCUUUUGCAGCACCUCCAUGUAGAGUGUUAGCUGUGACCAGGCACCUAAGGACUGCCAGAACGUUGCAUUUGUAUCGGAAAAUAUUGCCUUUGUACUAUAAAGAGAAACGCGCCAUUUGCUGGCAAGACGAGAGCCUGGCCCGCAUAGCUUUUGGCACAGAAUUCGGCCUCGACACGGGGCUAUUCAACCUCGUGUCCAAAUUAGUGGUGCUAGCUCCGACCGAAGAACUAUCUGGGUACUGUAAUAGCUUCCAAAUACUCACUGUUUCGUAUAUACGCCAUGCUUUUACGUGUGGGGUACCGAGCCAUGGGGAAGACAUAGAUUGA